AUGACCAAUAAGGACGACACCAAGAGGCUUCAGGACCAGCCACUUUCUGAUUUCGGCAACAAUACGGACCAAGCGGAGAAGAUAGCAGCUAGCGGCCCUCUUGAUCUUUCACAUGCGCCAGAUGGCGGUCUCCAAGCGUGGCUGGUCGCCGCUGGAUCAGCCUGCAUAUUCUUCUCAUGCCUCGGUUUCGCCAAUUCUUUCGGCGUUCUUCAAGAAUACUACAUGACUCACCAACUUCGAGGACACUCAGAGGAUGCAAUCGCUUGGAUCGGUUCAAUUUCGACAUUCAUACAAUUCGCUGUUGGGGCUUUGAGUGGCCCCAUGUUUGAUCGUUAUGGUUCUUGGGUCCUUCGCCCAGCCGCUGUUGCGUACGUCUUUGCGACCAUGAUGACGAGUUUAUGCACCGAAUAUUGGCAUUUCAUGCUUGCUCAAGGUAUUCUCAUGGGCACUGCAAUGGCAUUCCUCCAGAUCCCCGCUUUCGCUGCCGUUUCCCAAUACUUUGACAAGAAAAGAGCUGCAGCUCUCGGAAUAGCCGUUUCAGGCUCCUCUAUCGGCGGAGUUGUCUUUCCGAUCGCAUUGUCAAAGAUGUUGAACGAUUCGUCUCUUGGUUUUGGCUGGUCCAUUCGCAUCAUGGGCUUUGUCAUGAUACCUCUCAUGUCCUUUUCAUGCAUCGCGAUCAGACCCCGUUUGCCAAGUAUAAAGACCUCGUUCUUCUUAAUUGCACCUUUCAAGGACCCUUUGUAUUUGCUUGUGAUAGGGUCACUGUUCUUUCUCUUCAUCGGCAUGUUUGCUCCGCUCUUCUUCAUCCCGACUUACGCGGUGUCACGAGGUGUCAAUCCCACGUUGGCGUCAUAUCUACUCGCCAUUACGAACGCUGCGUCAACUUUUGGUCGUAUCUUUCCGGGAGUACUCGCAGAUAAGUACGGUAGACUCAACAUUUACGCUCUGGGAGGAUUAUGCACCGGGGUAGUGAUUCUCUGCAUGAACGAAGCAAAGACCACAGCAGCCUUGGUGGUUUAUGCUCUGGUGUUUGGCUUUUGUUCUGGAACAAUCAUCUCCGGCGUGUCAGCAGCCUUCACACUCGUGUCAAAGGAUCCGCGAAACAAUGGGACUUAUAUGGGAAUGGGGCUGGCCGUUAGCUCUUUUGCAGCUUUAAUCGGUCCGCCUGUGAAUGGUGUUCUUGUGAGCAAGUAUGGCGGAUUCUUUCAGGUUUCUGUUUUCAGUGGUGUGAUGUGCUUGUUUGGUGGAUGUCUUGCUACUGUGGCCAAGAGGUGGACAGAGAAGGGGAUAUUUGGCCGGAUCUGA